GCUGUAUUAGUAGUCGAAGUGAUGGCAGGCAGUUCUUAAUUGUAAUGAAUGAAAUAAUAAUGCAAAAUAGUGCGGGAACUAGGUUUGAUGGGGGAUUGUUGCUGAAUAAUCCAGCAAAGACGGAGAUUACGAAUGUGUGCCUUAUUUGUCUCACGCGUGACAGCCGGAAGCGCAAGGCGGACAUUGAUGGCGAACGCUAAAUAGCUGAGUCCGAAGCAAUCGACGCAGCCUCUCAGAUCUCGAUCCAACCGUCUGUCUGUUUCCCUUGCAGCCCUUAUAUUAUCGCUCUUACACCCACCCACACUCGGUCGGUCCAUCCUAACCUCCAGCUCUCCUCAAAACACAACAACAUACGCCCCUUCCCUCAUAAUGCCUCACCCAUCGGCACUUCACCUACCUCCGCCCAACCACCAAGCCCUUAAUAUAUUCUCCCUUGCUCUCGACGCUCCUAACCCGACAUCAACUAUAGACCCCGCUCCUGCCGCCAACAGCAGCGGCAUGCUCCAGACCCCCUACGCCAGCUCACAUAGCGUCAGCUCCUGCGAAGACAGCCCAUCCCCGCUUACUCCUCCUGUCUCUGACUCUGCCUCGAGCGCGUCACCGCGCCCAACACCGUCGCCCAACAUCCAGUCUCUAUCACUAUCUCACUCCGCGAACGCGACAGUGAGCGAGGGUGACUCCAAUCUCUGUGCACCCGAUACCGAACGCAAGUUUUCCCCCGAGCCGAAGCUCGAGAACAACGCACCGGUCAGACACCCUGAGGUCGUGCUUAGUAUGCAGAACCCUUCGGAACAGAACGUCUCUCCACAGCCCACGGUCAACACGGGCAAGGGCGGUUGUUGGUACGUGUCUCUUCCCUGCAAUAUAAUCACUUGUAAGCAAAGUGUAUGCUGAUAUCAUUUAUUUGAAUUUCUUUCUUUGUACUCCAGGACGUGUCGCAUUCGUCGCAAAGUAAGCACCCUGAAAAAUGAUAAUCUGCGCGUAAUGUCCUCUUUGUAUGAGUGCUGACAAACGUGAACAGAAAUGCGACGAGCAACGGACAAACAACGCGUGCCAGACGUGUAUUCGUCUUCGAAUCGAUUGCCUUGGAUGGGGUCCGAAACGCCCUGCCUGGAUGCGCGUAAGUGACUGUCCUUUGGACGCGUCUUUAAUAACCCCCUCCCCCCUUUGUGCUCGUAUGAACUUGAUCAGCUCAUGGAUUAGAGAGCCGUCAGCUCUUUACUCCAUCUCGCUGUCUCUAUUCGUUCCGAGCCCCGCUCUAUGUCCUUCCCGAGACGUAAUCUGUAUGCCGCGGAACUCAGAACUGAUUUUCGUCUUUGCUUAUACAGGACAAACAAGCUGUUGAAGCCUACAAGGCAGGCAUCAAAGAGAAGCUCAUCAAGGCGGGAAUGGUCCGCGGCCAGCCCCGGCUCUCGCAAGGAGGAGUUUCGCGGUCUUCAACGCUGCCUUCUGGCUCCUCGACGCCAUCUGGUCCUUCAACGCAUAUGCAAUAUAACCAACCUCAUAUGGCUUCACGCUCAAUGUCUGGUCCUGCCGCCUUUGGCGGACUCGGAAGCAUGGGCUCCAUUGGGCCCAUGGGUGCCUUUGGUGUCAUGGGUGGUCCAAUGCCCGGUGGCAAUGGCUUGGGCUUUGAAUUGAACCAACCGCAUUAUGUUCACCAAUCGGCACAGUCUCAUAGUGUGCGAUAUGGUCCCUACCCGUCUCCACAUAGACUACCCGGCUUCUCUUCACCCCACUUCGCAGCGCAUCACGCGUCGCGUAUUCCGCAGGCACCCUCGGUCAUGGGCGCAGACUUUGACUACCUCGGUUUUCCCAACCAGGGCGAGCACGAAUACGGCCAACACCAGCCUCACCUCUCGAGACGCUCUAGCAUCGGAGUCACGCUUCCCCAUCAGCGGAACACUCAACAGCUUGAGAACAGGCGCCACAGUCUUGCGUAUACAACUUCUCCAUCACUCCAAGGUAAGAUUCAAUAUUUCUCGUUUUGAGCUUAAUGUCUUUCGUGAUCCUUCGAUCUCGGCGGCAAUUGUUCCACAUCUUGAUAUAUCCGUCUGUUUGACUCUGGAACUCUCGGGCUGGCAUUCCCUGGCAUCAAAACGACCUGGUCACCAUCUUGUUGCGUUGGCAUUGCUAUGCCGUAAGGCAAAAAUCUUAUUUUCGCGUUUCUUUCACAUUCGACCGAACGCGGCUCCUGUUUGUCCCCAAACGAGUCUGCAUUCUACGGGCGGACUUUGAAAGCCGUUUGUUUGGAUUGGCUUUGCGUUUCCCAAUCGCCUGAUAUGAAGGUUGCUGCUACUCUUCGAGAACCGCGAUCACACACGGUUCGAUCAGUUCAUCUCGCCACGCGUCUUCCCUCCGACUCUCGCGACGGGGCGACCCUAGCCUGGUACCUUCUUUCGAUCUAAUUGCGUCCUGGAGUUGGUGACGAUGUCAUCGGGACCUGGCGAGCAUUGCCCACCCAUUAAUUGACAGCGACUAUGUUUGCACCUUUGCGCUGCCGCAGUGCAUCGUCAGCACGGCCUCACGGCGUAAUGAUGCACUGCAUUCGAUCAAUAUCCUGCCUGCUGCAUGUGUGCGGGUUCGUCCCUGAGAGCAAUCGGACUUGUCACUCUCGCUUGUGGAGCGACGGGAUAGACCUCCGUUUCAGUCGGAUGAUUGCAGCAUGAGAUUCGCAAGCCAUAGCGUCGAUGUCUUCGAGGCGUCGGGACGCGGAGACAGGCUCUGGCCGAUUCUGAUAGCCAGCAGGACUAUGCCACAACCAUUCAUUCUCGGGCUUCCUAUUUGGGCUUCCCAUCGGCAUCUAGACUCCAAGCCGGCCAUUUGCAAUUUCCCACCAUCAGCAUCCUGGCAAAGCUUCCCCCAAAUUCUCCCCCACAUUCCCGUCAUUUCUCGUCGCAUAUUCGCAGGCCAAGGGGUGCGGGGAUUCCUCCAUUUUUGCCGCAAUCUGCGCAGUGCAGUGUAAGGUCAUCUGGUGCUGUGACAGUGCGCCUUGCCGACCCUUCAGGCUGUUUAUCUGCGACUUGCCUUUCUGGGAUGCGUUUUCUCCGAAGCUUAUUCGAGACGUCGUCAUUGCCGAGACAUUGCUGACACCGUCACCUUCUGCAAAUGCACGGAUGGACUAAUGCCCGACAUUGCGUUUCGAUUGAGAGUUGCACAGUGGGGGCUAUACCGAAUUUCAAUUCGGUCGUCUCGUCCUGACUCUGCGGAGCUGCUGCGCUCAUUUCGACCCCAUUCUCAUUCCUUCACGCAAUAGUCACAACUGCGGCCUACCAAUGCCCCCCUGGCCAUUUGUAUUCAGACGUCGGUGCUUGCUUAAGCAGCUCCAAGGCCUUGCUUUGGCUUCGACGGUGAUCCAUGGGAAUGCCUUCUUGCCCUAUCCUUUCUAGUCCAUUUCCUACGGUCUUAUUGGGCUCAUUUGUCAUUUUGCCCGUAUUCUGUUUCACGUCUCCACGUUCAUACCUCGUCAUCUCGAUCUCAUUUUAUUCAAGUUACAUUCGGAAACUCACGUACCAUUUGUUAUACAGGUAGCUCGUCAUCGUCCCAUGGAAACUCGCCGUACAUCUCGGGGCACAGUCCUCUUGGUGUACCUUACAGCGUAACUCCGUCAGGCCAGAACACUCAUUCUCCACUGCUUGAUUUCCCUGGCGAUGUUUUUGGCGGAGUAAGCCCAGCUUUAGGAAGCAUACCGAAUAUGACGCCGGCCGGGCUUACGGUGCCUGGAAUGCCCACAAUGACUGGUGUUCCGAAUGUCAGCGGAUCACCGUUAAUGAUUGCUGGUGACGACUCGCUGCUCGGAUCCUCUUCCAGUUCAUCUUACACAGUCCCGAGUCGACCGCCGUCUACGACAGCAACCGCACCAGCACCGAGUAGGCCGAGUUCGUCGCCAAGUGGAGGAUACCCGGACCCAUUGUCAGAUCCUUCCCUAGUUGACCCCAACGUCCAGUAUUAUUUCGAUAAUAGCGUCAUGUCGAUGCAGUAUGGUUUUGCUUCCGAGAGACUACCGCAGCAGGGUUCGAUGCAGCAAAACGUAGGUACAGACCCUGAAAUGAGUCAUGUGAACGAACGUUCAGAGCAACAAUAAAAUGUAACUUGGUUUCGCUUUACAUGUAUACCCUUCCCUGCAGUUAUUCACGUGUGGACCAUUUACAGGUCUCGUCAAUGCAUCAGAAUUGCUUGAUGGUCGGAGCUGAUCCUCGGGAUAUCACGUGACGUAUCAAGGAUUCCGAUGGGCACGAUGCUCGAAACAAUGAAUUCCUCAACGAGUUCCUCAAGAAAUUACCCUCGCACGGUAUUUCCCCUCCACGAGACUUUUAGUGGCCUACUUCACUUUCGUCCUUCACGUUAAUAUUUCUUGUUAUUCAUCGGACAAGUUCCCAAAGCUAGGAAAUAUAUUGUAUACCCCCUUCUGUAUGCAGAUCUUCACCAAUUGCUGUUGACUUAUUGUUUUUGUACGAGCUGAAGAAAUGUGGAAAUGCUUCAGCAAAUGUUAGGGGCUGGAUGAUCAGCACGGGGAAUUUCGCAUCGGUUCCUGGGCCUGACCCUUGCUGGAAAGGGUAUAUGGGGAAGCGCUGAGUAGCUGGGCGCGACGUCGUUUGCCCAUUCAGAGCGCCAUACGGAGCGCCACCGAGCAGGCAGGAAAAACAAAAUACGAGACUCGGGACGAUAUAGACGCUUCUUGCCAGCAUCUCCUUAUACGCGUGCUGGUGCCGUCAGCGUGGCAUCAAUGAGUAAGGCCUGAGACGUCAUCUCAAUUGCAGAAGACAGGCGGAGAUUGAGGAGUACUUGUGAGUGACGGCCACUACCGCAGUUUGCGACUUCGUAAGGACCUGGUAGACUCGACUAUAAGCCGAAAGACAGUGAAAAAUGAGGAAAAGCAUUUCGAAUAUUCGCCCGGGCCUAAAGGUCACCUCGUGGACGGCACGGCGUACAGCAGGCUGAUGGCGUUGCCUGUUAGCCCACUCCAGCCAGGCGUAACAAGCGACCGGGAUACCCCAGAAGGUAUGGUACGCGAGUGGAAUGAAAUGAUGCAAGGAAUAGCGGAAUCAUUUUGCAGAACGACGAACGACGAACGACGAACGCAGGCAGUGGUGGGUGUUGAGGUCGAGAGGGAGGGUCAAUGAAGGGAGCUGCGAGGCUUGUCUUUAUAGUCAUUGUUCCGAAGGCAAGGAACACCGGACUUUACAGCGCUCACGGUCGUUUCGGGUUCGGUGC